CAUGACAGAGGUUGGCAAAAUCCCAUGAAGGAAAAAGAUAGAGCUUCAGAAAGGGACUGGUCUGGUUCUUCUGAGAGAAGGUACCGAGAAGAUAGAGAUCCAGGGUAUGAGAGGGGAAUGUCAAGAGAGAAAGAUACAGGUCAUGAUCAUGAUUGGUCAGAGAGAAGACAUCGUGAUGACAGGGACACUGGUCGAGAACGUGAUAGGGAGCGUGAUAGAGAACGGGAACGUUCUCGAGACCGCGACCGUGACCGUGAUAGGGAACGGGAUAGGGACAGGGAAAAAGAUCGUUAUAGGGAAGACAGAGAGAGAUAUGCAGAUCAUCAUAGAUACCGGGACCGUGAACCAGAACAUGAUGAUGAGUGGGACAGGGGACGAUCAUCAAGGACGCACAGUAAGUCACGAUUAUCUCAAGAGGAAGAGCAUCGCUCAAGGUCAAGGGAUGCUGAUUAUGGGAAGAGGAGAAGGCUUACCUCAGAGUAACUAUUGCCUGAUACUGCUAUUCCAGAAAUUUAUUCUAAAGAAGAGACAGAGAUUUUUAUUAUAGCCACACUUUAGGUUCAUCAUGCUCAUUUAGAUUCUCUUUCAAGUGGUGGUUUUGGGUCCUCAAUUUCUUGAACGCCAGUUCUCACUGCAUUUGCCUGCAAUUUAUGGAUUGCUUCUUUCACCAGACUGUGGCUUGAUUUUCAUAGAAAAGAGCUUGAAGGGUAGUUCAUCUUGAUUGUCAGUGCUGUUCGGCAGAGCCACGUGUUCAUAGGAAAUGAAGAGGACUUCCAACCUUAUGUUGUGUGAGAGAGAAUAUUAGAUGGUGAUUCCCCUGUGGCAGCUCCCAGUGAUGUAGAAGUGGAACUUUUUGCUUUUAAGUUUUUAGACUUCCUUCAAUUUGUGUUUUGGUUAAUUAAGACUUGAUGAAACCAAUGUUGUGGAUGAUAUUAUGGCUUGACAUUGCUGAAGUCUCCUGAGAUGUGGUAGAAUAUUUUAGCACUUACCUUUUGAAUGUGAUGUAAUAGGAUUUAGCACAGAGGAUGUUGCUGAUGUGCCUUGUUUUUAUUGGCUAGUUGUUGUAUCAUUGCAGCCCCUCUUUUUUUUGCUGUUUAGCUUUGAGUAUACCACAAUGUUAACCAUGCGAAUCUUUUUUGUUUUCUUUUGUUUUAUUCUUUUGUGAAGGGGAUGUAGAAAACCUUAUGUAGAAAACCUAACCUGUUCAUUGCAGCUCAGCUAGUUAGGCUCUGAGAAUUGUACAGAGAUUUACUUGUAUAUAUUGGACAUUGUUUACAGA